AUGGAACAAGUGAUCGCCUUUAACACCUACGAAAGCGUCGAAGCGCUCAUAAGAAAUGCCCACAAAUGGCUUUUUCAGAGACCGGCCUGUCCCCUCGACGCCAGGCCAAUGGUCUCCGCUAUGGCGUUUGCAAUUGAGCAUGCCCCGCUUGCUGUGAGCACGUUCCUAGUAGCCUUCGGCUGA